GCCGCCACCGCCGCCGCUGCUGCGGCCGCCGCCGCCGCCUCUGCUCGGGCUGAAUGGGGGGCCGAGGACAGCCAGUGGCACCCAGAAGAAAGAGACGCGGCGGCACUCCCAGGGCGAGUGUUUCGGCCCGCCGGCAAAUUUCUAGAGGCGGCGGCGAGGCCCAGCCCCCGCAGUGCCUGGCGUAGAGAAGUCGCCUUCGCCUUCGCCUUCGCAGCGGCCGGGACUCCCCGGGCUCAGCUCCCUCAGGUCUCAUCCACACUCAGGAUCCGCGCUGCACCAUGUUCAAGAAACUGAAGCAGAAGAUCAGCGAAGAGCAGCAGCAGCAGCAGCAGCUCCAGCAGGCGCUCGCUCCUAGUCAGGCUUCCUCCAGUUCUUCAACACCAACAGGAACUAGGAGCAGGACAUCUUCAUUUACAGAGCAACUUGAUGAAGUUAUUCCCAACAGAGAGCUACUAGCCGGGAUGAUAGCAGAGCCUGCUUUUCUCUCUGAGUAUACUAUAUUUGCUUUGGAUUCCUCCAAACAGCCUAAAACACAAAGUGAUACUGUGAAUGCAUCUAUCCAUGCCACAGAUUCUCCCAACAGUGUUAAUGGAAGUGAACCAGCUACGCCUCAGUCAGGUGAUGCACAGAGUUUUGCACAGAAGCUGCAGCUCCGGGUGCCUUCUGUGGAGUCUUUGUUUCGAAGUCCGAUAAAAGAAUCUCUAUUCCGAUCUUCUUCAAAAGAGUCUUUGGUACGAACGUCUUCCAGAGAGUCCCUGAAUCGACUUGACCUGGACUAUUCAGCUGCCACCCUUGACCCACCCUCUGAUAUGGAGAGCGAGGCAGAAGACUCCCUAGGAAAUUCAGACAGUCUCAGCAAAGAGCAGUUGAUUCAGCGGCUGCGAAGAAUGGAAAGAAGCUUGAGUAGCUACAGAGGAAAAUAUUCUGAGCUUGUUACAGCUUAUCAGACUCUUCAGAGAGAGAAGAAAAAACUACAAGGUAUAUUAAGUCAGAGUCAGGAUAAAGCACUUCGUAGAAUUGGAGAAUUAAGAGAGGAGCUUCAAAUGGACCAACAAGCGAAAAAACAUCUUCAAGAGGAAUUUGAUGCGUCUUUAGAAGAGAAAGAUCAGUAUAUCAGUGUUCUCCAAACUCAGGUUUCACUCCUGAAACAGCGAUUACAAAAUGGUCCAAUGAAUGCUGAUGUACUGAAGCCACUUCCUCAGACAGAACCACAAGGCGAAGCUUUCACUAAAGAAGAGCAUGUAGAGGAUAGUAUAGAGCCAGUAGUUUCUGCUAAAACACUGGAAACACUUCAGCAGAGAAUUAAGCGUCAAGAAAAUCUACUUCAGCGUUGCAAAGAAACAAUUCAGUCACAUAAGGAACAGUGUACACUAUUAACCAGUGAAAAAGAAGCACUACAAGAACAACUUGAUGAAAGACUUCAAGAAUUAGAAAAGAUGAAGGAGCUUCAUAUGGCUGAGAAGACUAAACUUAUCACUCAGUUGCGUGAUGCGAAGAACUUAAUUGAACAGCUUGAACAAGAUAAGGGAAUGGUAAUAGCAGAGACAAAACGUCAGAUGCAUGAAACAUUGGAACUGAAAGAAGAAGAAAUUGCUCAACUUCGUAGUCACAUCAAACAGAUGACCACCCAGGGAGAAGAAUUACGAGAACAGAAAGAAAAGUCUGAAAGAGCUGCUUUUGAGGAACUUGAAAAGGCUUUGAGUACUGCCCAGAAAACAGAAGAGGCACGGAGAAAAAUGAAAGAAGAAAUGGAUGAACAAAUAAAAGCUAUUGAAAAAGCAAGUGAGCAAGAACGCGUCAGUCUUCAACAGGAAUUAAGUCGGGUGAAACAGGAGGUUGUUGACAUAAUGAAAAAAUCCUCAGAAGAACAAAUUGCUAAAUUACAGAAACUGCAUGAAAAGGAGCUGAUCAGCAAAGAGCAAGAAUUGGUCAAGAAGUUUCAGGCCCAAGAAAGAGAAUUACAGGAUCAAAUGAAAGUAGCUCUUGAAAAGAGUCAAUCAGAAUAUUUGAAGAUCACCCAAGAAAAAGAGCUGCAAGAAUCUUUGGCCCUGGAGGAGUUAGAAUUGCAGAAAAAAGCAAUCCUCAUAGAGAGUGAAAAUAAACUUCAGGACCUUCAGCAAGAAGCAGAAACUUACAGAACUAGAAUUCUUGAAUUAGAAAGUUCUUUGGCAAAAAGCUUGCAAGAAAACAAAAAUCAAUCAGAAGAUUUAGCUGUUUAUUUGGAAGCUGAAAAAAAUAAACACAAUGAAGAACUUAAAAUCAUGGCUGAAAAACAGAAGGCAGAAUUGGAGAGCCUGCAGCAUCAGCAGGAUAAGCUUUGGACUGAAAAACUCGAAAUCUUAAAACAACAGCAUCAGACGGAGAUGAAAAAAUGUAGGGAGACAUGGGAAAAAGAAAAAGAAACCUUACUGAAAGAGAAAGAGAGUCUUUUCCAGGCUCACAUAGAAGAGAUGAAUGAAAAGACUUUAGAAAAGCUUGAUGUGAAGCAAACAGAACUGGAAUCGUUAUCUUCUGAGCUGUCAGAAGUAUUAAAAGCUCGCAGUAAGCUAGAAGAGGAACUUUCUGUUUUAACAAAUCAAUCAGAUAAAAUGAAGCAGGAAUUAGAGGCCAGGCUGGAUGAACAGAAAAAUCAGCAUCAGCAGCAAGUUGAUAGAAUAAUUAAAGAACAAGAAAUAUCUAUCCAAAGAACUGAAAAUGCAUUAGAAGAGCAAAUUAAUGAAUUGAGGCUUCUAUUGAAGGAAAAGAACAAGAAUUUGGAAGAACAGCAGGCUCAUGUAGAACAUUUAGAGGCAGAAAUUAAAAAAUCCAAAGAAGAACUCCAGCAGGCAUCUGUUAAGCUGGAUCUUACUCAGUCAUACCAGAGCACCACACAUGAACAGGCAAAAGCAUAUGAGGAGCAGGUCGCUCAAUUGCAGCAGAAGUUACUAAACUUGGAAAGAGAAAAAAUUAUUCUUAUCGAUCAGGUAGCUGAAAUUGAAACACAGAAGAAAAAUGUUUGUACUGAGUUAGAUAUGCAUAAAAUGCAGGUGCAGGACACGAUGCAACAACUUGAAAAACAGAACAGUGAAAUGGAGCAGAAAAUACAAUCUUUAACACAAUUAUAUGAGUCCCAACUUAAAGAUAGUAACAUUGAACAAGAGCAGACAAAACAAAUGUUGUUGGAAAAAGAAAAUACAAUUUUACAAAUAAGAGACGGACAAUGUAAAGAAAUUGAGAUACUCAAAAAGAAAUUGUCAGCCAAGGAGGAUAGUGUUAGUACAUUGCAGGAGGAGUAUGAAACUAAAUUUAAAAAUCAAGAAAAGAAGAUGGAAAAAAUUAAACAGAAAGCAAAGGAGACACAAGAAACAUUAAAGAAGAAACUGGUGGAUCAGGAAGCCAAACUUAGAAAAGAGCUUGAAAAUACUGUCCUAGAGCUUGAUCAGAAAGAAAAGCAGUUCAAUGCCAAAAUGUUGGAAAUGUCACAGGCUAACUUAGCUGGAAUCAGUGAUGCAGUGUCAAAACUUGAAACAAACCAGAAGGAGCAAAUAGAAAGUCUCACAGAGGUGCACCAGCAAGAACUCAACAAUGUUGUCUCAAGCUGGGAAAAAAAACUUAAGGAGCAAGCUGAAGAACUUCAUGAAAAAUAUGAAAUCCAAUUACAGAAGAAAGAGCAAGAGAUAGAUGAACUCAAGCAAAAGAUCCAUAUAUGUGGGUGUGAAAAGGAAGAGAUGAAUAAGGAAAUAAUAUGGCUGAAGGAAGAAGGUGUUAAACAGGAUGGAGCAUUAAAUGAAUUGCAGGAGCAGCUAAAGCAGAAGUGUGUUCAUAUGACUACUCUUUCACAGAAUGAAACUAUACUCAGAGCACAACUUGAAAAGCUAGAGGUUGACUUGAACCAGUCUUUGAAAGAAAAUACUUCUCUUCAGGAGCAACUAGUUGAACUGAAAGUGCUGGCAGAAAAAGAUAUGUUUAAGGUUUCUGAAUUGACUGAUAAAUUGAAAACCAAGGAUGAGGAAUUCCAGAGCUUAAAGUCUUUACAUGAAACAAGUAAUAAAAGCCUAGAGGACAAAAGCUUAGCAUUCAAGACACUGUCUGAGGAACUAGCAUUUCAGAUAGAUAGUUACUACAAGAAAACUGAAGCUUUAUUAGAAGCUAAAACAAAUGAGCUAAUAGACAUUUGUGGUAGUAAAACUAAUGCCAUUGUUGCGAAGAUCUCUCAUUGUCAGCACCACACAACUAAAGUUAAGGAGGCAUUGAUGAUAAAAAUUUGCAAAGUUUCUGAAUUAGAAGCACAACUUAGACAACUAGCAGAAGAGCAAAAUACACUAAGUACUUCUUUCCAACAGGCCACCCACCAGUUAGAAGAAAAGGAAAAUCAAAUUAAGAGCAUGAAAGCUGAAAUCGAAGGUCUUAUAACAGAAAAAGAAGCCCUACAGAAGGAAGGAGGUAAUCAGCAACAGGUUGCUUCAGAAAAAGAGUCUUGUAUCACACAGUUAAAGAAAGAAUUAUCUGAAAACAUCAAUGCUGUCACACUGAUGAAAGAAGAGCUUACAGAAAAAAAAUCUGAGAUGGUCAUUCUUAAAAAACAACUAACUGAUUUGAAUGCUCAGCUUCAAAAUAGUAUCAGCCUAACUGAAAAAGAAGCAGCCAUUUCCUCACUAAGUAAGCAGUAUGAUAAACAACAACAUGAAUUACAGGAUCAGGUGCAAGAUUUAUCUUUGAGAGUCGAUACUCUGAAUAAAGAGAAAAUUUCUGCUCUUGAGCAGGUGGAUCACUGGUCUAACAAAUUCUCAGAAUGGAAGAAAAAAGCACAAUCAAAGUUUGUACAAUAUCAAAACACUAUUAAAGAAUCUCAGAUGCAGCUUGAGUUAAAAACAAAGGAAGCUAGUGAAAAAGAUGAGCAUAUAUAUUUAUUGAAGGAAAACCUUGAUCAGCAAAAGAAACAGUUUGAACAUCUGAAGUGUGAAAUGGAAGAUAACAAAAACAAGAUGGAGAAAAAGGAGAGUAAUUUAGAGACUGAGUUAAAGACUCAAACAGCAAGGAUUAAGGAAUUAGAGGAUCAUGUUACUCAGAAAACAACUGAAAUUGAGUCCUUAAAUGAAAUUUUAAAAAAUUACAAUCAAGAAAAAGAUAAUGAGCAGAAAGAAUUGGUUCAUAAACUUAAACACUUUCAAGACUUAGGAGAAGAAAAGGAUAACAGGGCUAAGGAAGCUGAGGAAAAAGUCUUAAAGCUUGAAAAGCAAGUGUCUUUCAUGGAAGCUGAACUUGAAAUUAAGAGUAAAGAAUUAGAAUCUUUGAAUUCAAGUAUGAAAAUCAAGGAAGAGGAGUUUAAAUCAUUGGAAGAGAAAUUUGAAUUGGAAAGUGCAACAAAAUUAGCAGAAUUAAAGAAAAAAGCUGAACAAAAAAUUGCUGCUAUCAAGAAACAGCUAUUGUCUCAAGUGGAGGAGAAAGAACAGCAACAUAAAAAAGGUGUAGAAAGCCAUUUGAAUGAGCUAAAUAAAAAAUUGCAAGAAAGAGAGAAGGAAAUUCACAUCUUAGAAGAAAAACUUAAGUUAGUAGAAAGUUUUCCACAAUCAGAAAUAGCAAAAAAUAUGGCAGUGUAUACUGAACAAAAAGAAGCAGAUUCCCAAAGCUCUGUGCAAAAGGCAUAUGAAGAAAAAGUUAGUGCUUUACAAAGAAGUUUAACUGAAAAAAAUAAGCUAGAACAGGAAAAAGAGACAAUUACAUUAUCACCUGAAGUGCAGUACAAGAACCAGGAGGUCUUCAUGCAGUUAGAAUGUGCUGAAGCAAAAGAAGAUGAGGGUCAGGUUCUUCAAGAAGACCUUGAAGAGAAAAAGAAAUAUUCUUUGAUAGCAUCUCAGCCUGUGGAAGAAGAGGGAGGUCAAGAUAAUAAAGGGGCAAAGCAGAACUUGGAAAAUGUAGUUUACAAUAUCCAGAAAACCCUCCAGGAGAAGGAACUAACUUGUCAGGCAUUGGAGCAAAAGAUAAAAGAACUGGACUCUUGCUUAGUAAGAGAAAAGGAGGGACAUAGACUCGAAAUGGAAGAGUUGAUUUCAAAAUAUAAGAAAUUACAGGCUGUACAGCAACAUAUCGAUGAAAAAAAACUCACUGAAGUUUUGGGAGACAGUACCAAAGAAAAUUCUCAAUCGCAUGUAAUCCAACCCAAAUUGGUUGGUAACUUGGAAGCCCAGCACAAUGACCUGGAAUUUAAGUUAGCAGAGGCAGAGAGAGAAAAGCAAAAACUGAGCAAGGAGAUUGUUAGAUUGCAGAAAGACCUUCGAACAUUAAGGAAGGAGCAUCAGCAAGAAUUAAAUCUACUAAAGAAAGAAUGUGAGCAAGAAAUGCAGGAGAAAAUCAAACAGGAGCAGGAAGAUCUUGAGUUGAAGCACAAUUCCACAUUAAAACAGCUGAUGAGGGAGUUUAAUACCCAGCUGGCACAAAAAGAACAAGAACUAGAAAUGACCAUAAAAGAAACUAUCAGUAAGGCCCAGGAGGUGGAAACUGAACUUUUAGAAAGCCAUCAAGAAGAGACAAAUCAGUUACAUAAAAAAAUUGCAGAGAAGGAUGAUGAUCUACAAAGAACAGCCAAAAGAUAUGAAGAAAUCCUUGAUGCUCGUGAAGAAGAAAUGACUGCAAAAGUAAUGGACCUGCAAACUCAACUCGAAGAACUGCGGAAGGAGCAUCAGCAAACGCUACAGCAGGAGGAGAAUGCUGAUAAUGCUAAUGUAACAAUUAUGGCACUACAGACACAACUAGCACAGAAGACAUCUGUGAUCAGUGAUUCAAAGUUGAAAGAGCAGGAGUUCAGAGAACAGAUUCACAAUUUAGAAGACCGUUUAAAGAAAUAUGAAAAAAAUAUGUAUGUGGCUACACCUUGUAAAGGUAGCAAUUUGUACCAUACUGAUGUCUCGCUUUUGGGAGAACCAACCGAGUUUGAAUAUUUACGAAAAGUGCUCUUUGAGUAUAUGAUGGGUCGUGAGACUAAGACCAUGGCAAAAGUUAUAACCACUGUACUGAAGUUCCCUGAUGAUCAAACUCAGAAAAUUUUGGAAAGAGAAGAUGCACGGCUAAUGUUUACUUCACCUCGCAGUGGUAUCUUCUGAGUAAACCAUCAGUCUGUGCUUAGUUAGCAUGUGUCAUGGCUUCGAUCUUCAUCUUGAAGAAAUGGGGAGAGUGAUGUUGGGCAACUGCUGCUUGGAAAACUGUCCAUGUAUGCUCAUUCAUUCAAGAAUGAGGCUGUCAUUUAGGGCCCUUCAUGUAGCCAGUGAGAAAGAUCUGGCAUUGACCCACAGGUAUAUUGCAGACUGCUUUUAUAAUAGAUUUAUUUCAUCAGUGAAGAAAUGGUGAUAGUGUUUUCUUUUGUCUUCAGUUUUCUUUUGGGAAGAAUUUUAUGUCAUUUAAAAGGUAUUUUGAAUAACUUAACCUGAUUUAUGGGCUCAAUUAAUGUUUCUUUCAUUCUUGUCCCUCUUUUUAAAGAUCUGCUUGCCUUAUUUAUUUCUAGGGUGAUUUUUUUUCUCUUUUUUUAAAGAUUUGUGCAAUACAUUUUGAGGUGAAACUUAGUGGAUUUUUCUAAUAAAUUACAGCAUUUAAUUGACUAUUAUCCACAUUGAUUCCUCAAUAUUUGCUAAAGACUAGUUCUUUAAGCUAUGACAUAUGAUAACUCCCAAAUGCAGUACCUCAUUGUUUACUUAGCUUUUGUACUUAUAUUUUUCAGAGGAAAAAAACUACUGUAAAUUGUAAAUAGUAAAUACAAACUGUAUUGUAUGUGAAUCUAUGACUAUUGGCAAUGUCAUCUCCGAUAAAUAAAGUUUAUUUACUAU